AUGGGCUACCUCCUCUACAGCGUGACCUUCUUGGUCCUGGUCACCGGCACGACCCUCUACCUCACACGGGCGCGCUGGCUGCCCGGGUUCCAGACGCGGGUGCACAGCCUGCACAUCCCGGGAAGCGACUACCUGUACUCGCGGCUGGCGCCGGGGGGCUCGUUCGAGGACGACAUGGAGGCGGGCCUGUCGUCGGCCAACUUCGAUCUCGCAGCCAACGUGGAGGGCGGGGACGGCCGCGCGGGUUUGGAUGAUACUGCUAAGAGGGAGGUGCUGCGCAUUAUGAAGAAGAGGAGGCUGAAGUUUGAUGAGGCCAGACGGGUGUAUAUGGAGCAGCGGUUUAAGGAGAAUGGGAUUGGCGCGGACGGGAGGCCGAGGGAUCCGAAGUUUGUGAGCUUUUCUUGA